UCGGCGCAUUACGGAGCAAGAUGGCGCUCUGGCUGUCAGCACCUCGGACAGCUCCGGCGGCAAAGACACCAAACUGAGGCUCUUUUUGCGCUUUUUGUGCUUUUUGACGUGUUUGCGGAAGAGACUGGUGUGUGAAAGGUGAUGUUCAUGCGUCCAGGUGUCGCAUAAAAGUCUCUGCGACAAAAAAAAACAAAGAAAGAAAAAGAAGAGGGAGAAAUCCAACUUAAACCCCACCAGCUCUCCAUCCGUCUAAAAUCUACAUCCAGGAGUUGAUCUAAGCAGGAAUACAGACGAGACAUCGGCCCGCGGCUUGGCUUCACACCGGAGCAUCAAUGGACGGACGCGGAAUCGCCAAGCGCCGGUUCGGAGAGGAGAAAUGAAGCCGCGUUCGGGGACCAGCGCUGCCUAGUUUUUCCGUCCCUCCGAUCUGAACCCCCGGCAGUUCGCCUCUCGGUUUCUAAAGAUGCUCCUCCUGGUCAUGAUGAUGUCUUCGGUGUUCUUCAGCGCCGGCUUCGCCCGCAGCUCUCAUUUCAGCUCAGAUGGCGCUCCGCUGAGUGAGCUGUCCUGGUCGUCGUCGCUCGCCGUGGUGGCCAUCUCCUUCUCGGGUCUCUUCACCUUCGUCUUCCUCAUGCUGGCCUGCCUCUGCUGCAAGAAGGGCAAGAUCGGCUUCAAGGAAUUCAAGAAUGUGGAUGGGGAGGAGUACCACGCAGACAUGUCCACCUUGGCCUCGCCGGCCUCCCAGGGCAGCCCGGACGUCUACAUCCUGCCGCUUACCGAGGUUUCCCUGCCAGUCGCCAAGCAACCAGCUCGAUCAGUCCAGCUCCUGAAGUCGUCAGAUCUGGGCCGCCACAGCCUCCUGUACCUGAAGGAGAUUGGGAAUGGCUGGUUCGGGAAGGUGCUGCUUGGGGAGGUGAACGCCGGCCUGAACACCACCCAGGUGGUGGUGAAGGAGCUGAAAGCCAGUGCCAGCGUGCAGGAGCAGAUGCAUUUCCUGGAAGAAGCACAGCCGUACCGCGCCCUCCAGCAUCCGGCUCUGCUGCACUGUUUGGCUCAGUGCACUGAAGUCACUCCAUACCUGCUGGUGAUGGAGUUUUGUCCACUGGGUGACGUGAAAGGUUACCUCCGGAGCUGCCGAACCGCCGAAACCAUGACCCCCGAGCCCCUGAUCCUCCAGCGGAUGGCCUGUGACAUCGCCUCGGGACUCCUGCACCUGCACAAACACAACUUCACUCACAGUGACCUGGCUCUGAGGAACUGCUUGUUGACUGCGGAUGUCUCAGUGAAGAUCGGAGAUUAUGGACUAUCCCACAACAAGUACAAGGAUGAUUACUACGUGACAUCGGAUCAGAUGUACGUUCCCUUACGCUGGAUCGCUCCGGAGCUGGUGGACGAGGUGCACGGAAACCUGCUGGUGGCCGACCAGACCCAACCGAGCAACAUCUGGUCUCUGGGAGUCACUAUCUGGGAGCUCUUCGAGUUGGGAAACCAGCCGUACAGACAUUAUUCCGACAGACAGGUGCUGACCUACGCUGUGAGGGAGCAGCAGCUGCGACUUCCCAAACCACUGCUCAAAGUGCCCCUGGCUGAGCGCUGGUACGAGGUGAUGCAGUUCUGCUGGCUCCAACCCGAUCAGAGACCCAAUGCAGAAGAGGUCCACCUGCUGCUCAGCUACCUGUGUGCAAAGGGGGCCAGCGAGGCCGAGGAGGACUUCGAGAGGCGCUGGAACUCCCUGCGACCCAACACUGGAUUCAACAGCCACCGCGGUGCCUCGGUGAUGUCACGAGACCACCCCUCAUCAUCAUCCUCCUCUUUCCCUCUGCUCGAGCAGUUUUCGACUGGCGACGGCUAUCACUCAGAGUCCGGAGACGACAUACUAACAGUCACCGAGACCAGCCAUGGCCUGAACUUUGAAUACAAGUGGGAGCAAGCCAGGGCCGACCAGUCAUACAGAGCCCCGGACUCCUCCAGUACCUUGGGUCAGGUCAGCCAUCAUUGUCAGGAAGCUUUUUACCCACCUGGGGGCAUUGUGGGAGGCUGCCCCAUGGAAAGCCUCAGCCAUGGGGUUUCUCCUUCUUACUAUCAACCAAAACACCUACAUGCUCCAGGUGUGCUGCCCGUCCUCAGUGCGCAUAGCCCCUCGGUAAGCAGUGAAUACUUCAUCCGGAUUGAGGAGCCGGUGGACUGUAACAUUGACCCGGACUACACCAUGUGCUCCUACAGCCCAGACUACCAGGGCAGCAGCGGCAGCUUCCUGACCGGGAGCGCAGACUCGGGUGAGUGCAUGGCCUGCCCAUCACAGGCUAAAAACAUGGCUCCCUAUUGGUCAGCAGACCUCCAUAAAACUGACAUAUACGACUCCAAUGACUCAAGUCCAGCCAUCUCCCUGACAAUGGAGCCCCUUCUAGGCCAAGUUUCGGACAGCAGUCCCUUGCGACCCUGGGAGUCGAGUCACUAUGUGUCCUACAAAGACCGGGAUGGGGGUUACUACUAUGAGCACUCACCUCCUUUGGGGUUAGAUCACUAUCUGAUUGGAAACGAGCCCUCCAGAAUGCACCAUCAGGAAAGCUGGGGGUCAAGAAGCUUGCGUCAGGCUUUGGGUGAGUUGGAGAACCCCCUUGGUAUAUCCCCAUCUGUGAACAGUCUGCCUCAACAAGCCUACCGAGACACGUACCUGGACACAAGUCAGACCUCCAUCAUUGGAAAGAACGUGACUGGAGGCUACUAUGACAUGAUGGGCUCCCUGAGGAAGACGAUGCCCAGCCACACCAGGCACAAUAGCCACUCUGUCAGCAUCAACAUGGAGACCGAGGGGGCUCUCUUCAUCGGACACAGAGACAGCGAUUCAGAAGAGGAAGAGGACAUAUUUGUUGAGAGACACACUUGCAACACCUGGCCUUCGAAGCAUCGCCACAGCAGCAUCGGUCACCACAGACGGGCGAGCCACAGCUGCAGACAGGACACAUAUGCCGAUUUCCACUACACAAUGCCGAGUACGGACAUCGAAGACUCCUGGCCAGAAGAUCACAGUCUGGCCUACCACUCUCUACCCAAACCCAUCGACUACCUUGAGCCACACCAGGCCAAAGAUAACAGUGCCUGCCUCAGUCUGAGCAAACAUCAUGCAAUGGUGCCCUCAGACAACUGCAAUGCCUACAUCUACCUGUGCCAUGAAGGUGAGACUCAGGUGCCAGUAUCUGGAGAGUGCUGCCACUCACACUUUGUUGAUCCACUCACUGGCUUGCUGGUCCGAAACAACAGCUAUUGUCACAGCUACAGUCACAGCAACUACAUCAGAGAUAAAGUAAUCGACAUCCCAAGCAAUGAAGAGAUGAUUAAUCUGUCUCCAGCCCCAGGUGGUCCCAUUAUCUCCAAACCUGCACUGAUGAAGACUGAGGACUGUGGAGAGCAGUAUGUUGAUCUUACAACUGAUGUUACCCCACUUAAAGAUAAGAGGGAGGAUGUAAUCAAGGAAAAUCCAAUCAUGCAAAAACCGCUGGAGCCUAGAAAGGAAGAGGUGACCCUGACGAUGACUAAAGCCACCCCCCCACCUCCUGCUGACAACAUGCACGUCAUGGUAGCCAUCACAGAUCCACAGUCAGAGCUGAGUCAAACUGGUGAUAGUGGCGUCGACCGUGGCGGCUCCAGUGUGAGCCUCGCUGACAUCCUCGACUGCAGCGAUGACGAUGAAGAGGAAGACAUCACAGACGAUAUCACCGACGUCACCUCAGGCAUCUUUGCUGAUGAGUCCUGUGAGCUGAACGCUUCUCCGGCCUUCAAGUCGCUGCAGAAGCAGGUAGGAACUCCUGAUUCCAUGGACUCCAUGGACCUGCCAUCUGCAGCCGGGUCUUGCGAAGGCUUCAGCCCUGCUUCCUCCCAUCCGUCCAGCUCACCCAAAGCUAUGGACAGUGGCUACGACACAGAGAAUAACGAGAGCCCCGAGUUUGUCCCCAAAGAGCCUCAUGAGCCCCGCGAACAGCCUCUGGGAAAAUCUACCCUUGAUGCAAGCCUGGAGGAGGACGAGGAGCUGGAGGAACAUGGACUCGAGGCUGAAGUGGUGCCUGUAGAGAGUGAGCCAUCAUUGGGCGAGGAUUUGGCCUCACAGACAGGUGACCACAUUCUGUUACCGCUGAGUGAUAAGACUCCAUACAGAGACUCGGCCUACUUCUCAGACUAUGAGAAUGAAAGGCAGAGUCGGGAUGAAGGAGAGGAACUCCAGCAGAGAGCCAUAGAUGAACAAAGUGUUGAGAAGAACCAGCACAUUGGGGAAAAGAAGGCUGAGAAGAGGAAGACCGAAGAAGAGGAUGGUGUGGCAAACAAAGACAUAAAACUUGAAAUGAAAAACACAUUAACAGAGUCCUCAUCUCCACCAGACAUGGAAGAGUUCUUGACAGAUGAGUGUUUGCAGGAUGAGGCUCUUGGGCCCUCCGACACCGCCUCAAUAACAGAGGGAGGACUGGACGAGUGGCCAUCCCAGGAAGAGAACUCAUCGUUGGGAGACUGGGCAGCUGAGGUGGUGGGAGCCAUGGAGGAAGCUCUUGGCGCCCUGAAUGGAGAUUGUGCCUCGAACGCUAAGGUGGAGGAGGAGGAAGCAGAGGAAGUUAAAGACUCCGCUCCAGCUGUCGAGGAGCCAGUGAUCACGACAAUUCAAAACAGAGCAUCAGGGAUAUCCAGUGAAAUCCCUCACACAUUACCCAAAGACGAGGUGGCUUUGCAACAUACGGCAAACACCAGGAGGUUUUCUUCCUCCUCACCUCCACCUCCGUCCACACCUCCACCUCCACUUCCUGCAGCAGAGGGUCGAGCAUCUCCAGCUGAUGGCGAGGAGGCCGAUGAGGAGGACGGUGACACCGACGACAGUGACGAGUCGGACGAGGAGCUGCGAAGCUACAAUGUCCAGGAACAGAGCGGCGGGGAGGAAAGCGAGGAUGAGUGCCACCCGGUGCCCAUCGUGGUAAGCGACGACAGCGAGGCCCACAAACUGAGAAGCCUCCUCAAGAUGCCGACGCUGCUCACUGUGGAGAGCCUGGAGGAGGAGUUUGAACGCAAGAAAAAGACUGUGUCGUUUUUUGAUGAUGUUACCGUCUAUUUGUUUGAUCAGGAAAGCCCGACUAAAGAGCUGGCUGAGCAUGGCUUCCCUUUAGGAGCAAAAAGUCAGAGCUCACGAAGCAAAUCCCAAGAGAAGAUUAACGCUUCUGAUGACUCCUCAGACGGGAACAUCUCAGAGGAGAGUGCAGGGUAUGAGUGGGAGGACGACUUCCCUCUGCUCCCUCUGCCAACAUCCUCUUCGACGUCCGACUCUCCUCCACCUCGCACCGUCACCAAAACCCCGGAACCCAAACCAGCCGUGCAGUUCUCCCGCUUCACCGUCUCCCCCUCCAACGUUUCCCGGUUCUCCAUCACCCACAUCUCCGACUCCGAUAUGGACUCUGCAGGAGGAAGCAGCGAAGAUGGAGACAAAGAAUAAGGAGCUGUGGAUAUCUACUGCCUCGCUACGACAACAACUUGGCCUACUAGCAUGACUUCUGAUUUCAUUUUUAACAUCAGGUUUUAGAAACACAAGACAGUGCCUCUUACCUCCUGUGGACACUUUUGAAAGGUCCGUCUUACCACGACGUAGGACCGGUCAAAGCUGUUUAGAAAAGAGAAUGGUUAAUAUAUAAUGUUUCCAGAGUAAUAUAUACUGUAUGUAUGAUGAAUUUAUGAAACCAGGGGAUGCUUGUAUGUUGAAUUCUGCAUAUUUUUCUGGAUCAAAGAGACUAAGUGGAAGGACAGACCUUUGAAAAGCAUCACAUUUUGCCACCUCUUUCACUUUUUCAUUUACGUUGGGGAGAAUCCAUAAGACUGUGGAGCCAACUGGACAAUCUAAACCGUUGCGCAAAACCGUCGCCAACUUUUCAACAAAGGAUCAGCACUUUGAACAGGACUGUACAGACUCCACAGACUUUGUACUUUUUAGGAUACGGUUUUACUCGCAUUGAUGAAUAUCAACAAGAAUCUUUGAGGUAUCACAAGUAAUAUAAUGUUAAUAUUUGGAGACAAAAGGACACAAUGGUGUGAAAGAAGGAAGCAAAGAGAAUCUUUUUGGCCGUCUGGUUACAGAAUGCUUUCGUUUUUUUGAGGAAAGAGGUGAUCAAACCUCAACAACCUAAUAAUUUAUGGCUUUUUGUUCUUUCCUUGUUGCACCAGGACCACUACUGUACUGUUUUACAUAAAUAUCAUUCUCUCUACCAAACUGAGUGCCAGCACCACCAUCACAACCAAACCCCUCUUUACUGUAAGCAUCAGACACAACGAUGUGACAAGGAGUGACAGAAGUAAUUUCAGAUUUAACUCUUAUUAAAGGUUUUUCUCCUCCUUUUAAAUAUAGCAAUGCAUGGUUUGAAGUAACUAGAAAACAGUAUCUAUAAGAAUUUAUUGCUAGGAGACAGAAGGGAUGGGUUUUGGCGUAGAGACAGGCACACAUGGUCAUGGAAAUCCAUUUUAAUGCUACUUAUCCAAAAGAAACUGGCAUCGAGUGGAAAUAUUCAGGACUUGAGCUGCUACAGUUAAGCCCCAAAUUAUUCAGACUGAUGCCAAAUUUGAUUAGCAGUGAAUUUUUAUUUAACCAGUUGGUUUCUUCUGAGUAAAAAUGACAUAAAUGAGUGACAAAAGACAGCGAGACUUUGUGUUAAAGAUGUUAAUAAUGAAUUUUAACCAUUUCUAUGUUUAUUUUUUACAUUUUUGCUACACAAUAUUGUUAGUGAUUAUUUAAAUCCUGAGAAACUGUCACCAAGUUUUGAGAAAAAGCAGCUUAUAUAUCAUUCCAAAUGGUCCCAGUAGUUUGUACUGUAUUCUGGAGCGUUCAAAGACAUUAUACAUUAAGAACAGUUGAUGUAGUAGUUCUCUAGUAAGUUGCAAGUCAUGGUCAAAACCAAAGAACUUAGUGACUUACUUCUAUUGGAGUCUGUCAUUGAGAGAGAGCUGCUGCUCACAUGAUGGGGGAAAAAACCAUAAAGCCAUUUUUAAGUGUUUGUAAGGUCAACAAGUUCCACACUGUGCAAAAAGCAAAGUAGGAAGAUAAAAGUGAUCCAUGCACUGGUAAGAAUGGUAAAAGCCAAGGAGAGUCCAAGGACUAGCACCAAGACCUCCCUGAAUCUGAACGGUUCUGGUAACAACAUGUCAAGGCAAGAUGGAGUCCACAUCUCCAAAACAGACACACAAAGUUUGUGUCGUCUUUACAAAACCUCAUAUGGUCCAUAGCAGAUUACUGUCAAGAUGAUGGAUCAAAACAUAUAAAACAUCUCCUACUAACCAAUCACCACCAUUUGUAGAAGAUCCAAUGAAGCUCACUGUGUUAGUAGCAAGUAUAGAAAGCAAAAAGUGCCACAUAGUUUUCAUUCUUACAAAUCUGUUUUUUAAAAUGUGACCUGGAGUGACGAUAAAUUCUGUAACUCCUCAUUCGUCAGUUAAAACUGAAGAAGCUUCUUGAACGAGAGGUGAAACGUCUUCAAGAAGCAACAAGAGAAGUCCAGUUGAUUUCAACCGAAGCUCCGACUUUUACCAUGACCUGGAUGACUGAAGAUCUACACAGACAUACUAAAAAAAGUGUUUAUUACUCAAACUUCUUGUCUGGGUUCAUUGCCAAUAUUCAAGAUAACAGAUCAACAUGUGCCUGGCCUGUCAUUAAUCAGCUCUGUUUGGAAAAAUGACACCACCAUACGUAGAAGAUCCAACGCGAGUCAUUGGAUGAGUAGUGAGUAUGGAAAACAAAAAGUGCCAUAAAUCGCCUUAAUUUGUUUGCCCAUAGCUGGAAAAAAACACUUGCUUUUAUGUCACUCAAAAUUAAAUUAAAUGAAACCGAAGCUUGUUUAGCCUUUACAAAAGCUCACCUGGACAAAGAAGAAAGAUUUUGGUCGCUGAAGACAUGAAAAUGAUGUUGUUUGGGUGCAAAGACAGAAGAAGCCUUCAACCUGAAGAACUCCAAAACUGAGGUCAAACAUGGCGGUAGGAUUGUGAUAUUUUGGGGGACUUCUUCAGCCAAAGCAACAUGAGAAAAACUUGUCCUAGCAAGACAAAGAUCUGAAACAAAGCCAAAGUUGUCGAGAAAUUGUUAACAGCAAACAUUAUCAACAAACAAAAAGUUCAAGAGAUCGUCACAAAAGAAAAAGUCCAAUGAAGGCAUUCAAAAAGUCUGUUAGCAACUGUAAGAGCAGCUAAAUAAAGACAUUACUAAGCAAUAGUAUCAAAAAUGUUAAACAUAAAUUAUCAUUAACGUCUCUAACACAAUGUCUCACCAAACCUAAUAGUCAAAUUAAAAUUCACUAUAAAUCCUGCUUUAGCAUGGAUCUGGAUGAUUUGGGGCUUAACUGCACACAAAGACACCAGAUCAAUAAUCAGGAUAUAAGCCAAUCUGAGUGGACAGUUGUACGAUAUUGCACAUUUUCUGUAAUCUCGAUCGGUAGACAUGCUGGGAUUGUCCGUUUUUGGCUAAUCCAGUGAAGUUCAAUACCUGAAAAAUCGAGGUGCUUCAUCACAUUGAUGCAAAGAUCCUGUAAAUCCAGUAUCACCGGGCAGCAGUCGAACUCAUUGAUUUGCAACUUGAUCCUCAUGUGGCAACCAAAAGGGACAGAUAAGCCUUGGUAGAAACACUUUUCUUUGUCGGUAUGUUGUCAUAUUGCCUGAACCUAAAGGUGACUACAUCAAACAAACACACACUGGCACAACGGUAUUAAAAAAGGCUGUUCUAUUUUUGUCCACACAGAGUUUUGUCUCAAUAAAUGUGCUUUUUGUGUUUGUAAAUUGCCACAUUCUACUGUACAUCCGGUGUUUCCCUGCUUCUGUCCAUUUCUACCAUGUUUGUAAGAGAGAUCGGAGCUACUGCCUGACUUUACUGUUACCGUCACUCGCUGUAUAUUCUCAGCUUGUUUGGAGCAGAUUUGUACUACGAGACGCUGAAGUUUUUCAGAUUCAAGGAUUUAAUUCAACGUAAUUUGGAUUAUUUAUAAAGGAGGACAAAUCUGAACUCCACACUGAAACAGAAAACGAGUUUUUAUAGCACUUAAAACUGAAUCUUAUUGCAUUGCUUUUAGGUUGGACACCAUCCAUUCAAUGUUAAGUCUGAUUUGUUCCAAAAACGAUGAAGGGUUGAUCAUGAAACGCUACAAGGCUUUGCUUUCUGUGUGUGUAAAUGUAAGGAAUGCUGGCCGGUCUUCAGUUUCUAAACAGACUCCAGAGCCUCGAAAAAGAUGGAUUCCACCUUUUAAAACACUCAACGGUCGACAUGUAGUGUCUUCUAAGUGUUCGUUUGCCUCCCGAGGCUUUAAUAUUCUGUAAAAGUUUAGCAUAGAACCAUCUCGAUGGCUGUCCGUAAUAUUUUUGUAUCUCGACGAAAAACACUUUGAGCAGUAUUGAUGUACUGUACCUGUGGAGGAGGGAAGGUCUGGGGGAAAAAAAAGAUCUGUUUAUUGUUGCCAAAGAGAUGCUGUGUGCUUUGGCCUUGAACUGAUCGAACAAAUGUGCAGGACGAGUUUUGGUUUGGGAUACUGUCAGUAAUAUGUGGCCCCACACUGACCAGGGACCUGUGCUGUGAAGCAGGAGUCAAGGCUAGCGAGGGAACUUCAGGUUUUCAGGGUAAAGACGGCGGUUCACUUCUUACUCGGGUACAUUGCCAGUGUUCAAGACAACAGAUCAACACGUAUAAAACAUUGCCCUCUAACCAAUUUUUUUUGGAAAAAUUGCAUCACCGUGCAUAAAAGAUUUCACAAGUAAUGAGUACGGAAAGCAUAAAGUGCCAUAAAUCACCUUUGUUUGGUUGCUAAAAUGCCCUACAAAGCUGGAAAAACACUUUUUAAGUCACUCCAAAUAAAAUGCAGAAUUUUACACAGUCAAAUGUGACGAAAGGCGUUUUUAUCGUGCUUAAAAAAAGAGCUUUCAAUGGAGCUCCACACAAAACGCCAUUUUUUAAAAUAUUGUUUUACAGCUCACUGAUUAAAACAUUGCUUUGUGUGGCAUUCCAAUCAUAACGACACUCCAAUGAAAACCAUCAUAAGAAGCCGAAAUAGUGUUGCAUUUUAUGACUUGCCAAUUAAAGCACUGCAUCUAACGGCAUUCCAGUUUAAACGCUGCUUUUUACACCAUCAAAAGCUGCCAGAACAGCUUUGGAUAUUUUACAGCGUGCCGAUUAUAAGAUGAUUUUUUAGGUGUUCCAGUGAAAACAGCUGCUUUUAAUGCUGCCGACAGCCCCCCCCAAAAUCUUUUAAUGGUGUUCCAUUUAAAAAGCUGCUAUUUUGCUGAAAAAAAACUGUGCUCUUUUUAGUGCUUCUUCCAAAACGCUGCUUUUUACACCACAAAACUGCAAAAAAAAUGCAGCUUUUUAUGGCGCUCCACUGAAAAUGCCACUUUUUGCAGUGUCUAAAGCUGCCAUUUCAUAUAUUGGCAUUUAAAACAGUGCUUUUUAUAGCAUUUAUAACAGAGUGUUGCUUCUAAUGCUGAAAUAACCCCACUUUUCACAGCAUUAUCAUAAAAUCUUUGCUUUUUCAACUGAGAAAAAGUGAAAAAUGUCACUUUGGUUGUUGACAGAAAGUAUAGUUUUUGGCACUUGCAGCUCAUUUCGUUGGCCUUUGUGCAAAGACGAAGUGGAAUCUAAUCUAAUGUAAACAUUACCGACAAGAAAAGACAAGUUCUGACAGUUUGAACGCCACAUUUUUUUCAACAAAGAUGUUAAAGACGUGAUGAUUUCUGACACUUUUCAGAGUUGAUCAAACCCCUUUUCUUUCCCUGAGCAUAGGUUUCAGAAACAUAUAGUAGAUUCUUAUUGGUUGGAACUCUUUCCUUGCUUGAUUUUAUUGCCCUUGUCGACUGCAAGCAAUUUCAAAGCCAUUUUCUUGCUCUGUAGGCUUUUGUAUAGCAAUAUACAAAGAUAUCGCACUGAAGCCUUGUAUUUGUUGACCUUAGAUGAUUUUCAGUGAGACAGCUUACCAGUUGGAAUGAUGUUUUUGGAUUUGUUCCUUACUUGCCCCAACACAGCCGAGGUUGCUGAAAAAAUAGAGCUAAAAUGAUCUUACAUGCCACAACAAUACAUUGAAAGGAUGCAUCAAUUUCACAGAAUACACAGUUGUAACAGCAGUCAGAUCUACUCGUGCCUUAAAGACUGGGCAGUUAUAUUAAUAAGCCUAUAAACUUGCAAGUUCACACCCAUUUUGCAUAGUAAAACUCCUCUUUUUCGCGAUUGGUGCCAACACCUUUCAUGUAAAUGCACUUUUAGCUCGGUUCAGGAACCCUGGGUUUAGUCGAUAACCAGAUUAGCUUGACUGUUGGGUUUGUAGAAGCCGGAUAUCAUUUCCUGGACAACCUGCUUUGUAGCACAGGCCGCUGGUCACAUCAUGACUUUCUGUACCUUCUAUCAAAUAUAAAUAAACUCUGGUUUACACAUGUUAA